AACGUCCUCAACGUGCUCCGGACACCCGGAAGCGUCGCGAGAGGGUGUAACAUGUUUGGUCUGAAGCUAUCAAGUAGGUGUCUGUGACCAAGUGGCGGAACGUGAAGCUACACAUUCUCCAUCCUGAGUAGAGCUGUUGUGCGUGUAGCACCUCGACGAUGAGUGCGACCGAAAAAGAAAAGGAGCCCAUCGCCCUGAAGGAGGAGGGGAACAGUCUGUUCAAGGCAGGGGACCUACACGGCGCCGUCUGCUGCUACACCAAAGCCCUGAAGCUGAGCCAAAGCCAAGCAGAGAGCGCGGUGCUGCACCGCAACCGCUCAGCAUGCUACCUCAAACUGGAGGAGCACAGCAAGGCAGAGGCUGAUGCCUCCAAAGCUCUCGACAAUGACCCCGGCGAUGUGAAAGCCAGGUUCAGGAGAGCGCAGGCUUUUCAGAAACUCGGUCGGCUUGACCAGGCCUUCCUGGACGCCCAGAGAUGUGCUCAGCUGGAGCCCAAAAACAAAGCCUUCCAGGAUCUGCUCAGACAACUAGGAGCACAGAUCCAGCAGACGUCGAUACAACAAAAUUCCACAGAUGCACGUGUGCAGCAGAUGUUUUCCCUCCUAUUGGACGCCUCUGCAAAAGACUCCGAUCGACAGAAGGCUGCUCAGAACCUGGUGGUGUUGUCUCGAGAAGAGGCCGGAGCUGAGCAGAUCUUCCGAAACGAAGGAGUGAAGCUGAUUCAGAAGCUUCUUCCGUCAAAGCAGGAGGAAGUGGUCCUUUCUGCUCUGAGGACUCUGGUCGGUUUAUGCACAGGGCAUCAGUCCAGAACUAUGGCUAUAGUGAAUGAGCUGGGAAUGGAGCAGCUGUGCACAGUGAUGGGAUCAGGAGCCUCCACUGUGUCUCUGGCUGCCUGCCACUUGCUGCAGGUGAUGUUUGAGGCUUUAACAGAGGGCAUGAAAAGAGAGAUCAGGGGGAAAGAUGAAGCCAUACUUCCUGAACCCUCCAAGGAGCUACGCUCAAUGCUGAGGCAUUUAUUGGGAAUGAUUCCUGCGCUUGAUGUGUCAGGACCAGGCAGAGACAGUGCCAUCAACCUCCUGGUCAAACAAGUACCCCGCAAAUCUUUGAAAAACCCAGACAACUCCCUCACGUUAUGGGUGAUAGACCAAGGACUGAAGAAGAUCCUGGAGGUGGCUGGGACAGUCGCUGAGCUCUCAGACGGACCUCCCCUGACAGACAACUCCCUCAUGAGCUGCUCUGUCUUGCUUAGCAAACUUUAUGAUGACCUAAACAGUGACAAGGAGAGGGAGAACUUCAACAAACUGUGUGAAGAAUAUGUUCAGCAGCAUUUCAGCCGACCUGGCCUAGAAUCCAAGUUGCGAGCCAUUCAGACCGUAUCAGUGCUCCUUCAAGGACCAAGCGAGGUGGGCAACAGAACAAUGGAGAUGUCAGGAUUGAUGGACGCAGUGAUCUCCCUGUGUGCCUCAGAAGAAGUCAUUCACCAGCAGGUAGCGGUCGAGGCUCUUAUCCAUGCUGCAGGCAAGGCAAAGAGAGCCUCGUUCAUUACAGCCAACGGAGUGGCACUUCUGAAGGACCUCUACAAGAAGAGCGAGAAUGACAGGAUACGUGUGAGGGCCCUUGUGGGUUUGUGCAAACUUGGAUCAGCGGGGGGGACUGAUUUCAGCAUGAAGCAGUUUGCAGAGGGAUCCACCUUGAAGCUCGCCAAGCAGUGCAGGAAAUGGCUGUGUAAUGAGUCUCUGCCCCCGACCUCCCGCCGGUGGUCUGUAGAAGGCCUCGCCUACCUCACCUUUGAUGCUGAUGUGAAGGAGGACUUUGUGGAAGACAAGAGCGCUUUGCUGGCCAUGUUUGAACUAGCAAAGUCUGAGGAUAAGACGGUGCUCUUUGCUGUGGGCUCCACAUUGGUUAAUUGCACCAACAGCUACGAGGUGGAGAAGCCGGAUCCUCAGCUGUUGGAGCUGGCCAAAUAUGCCAAGCAGCAUGUGCCCGAGGAGCACCCCAAGGAUGCACCUUCCUAUGUGGAGAAAAGGCUGGUGAAGCUGCUGGAGGCUGGUAUAGUAUCUGCAUUGGUGUGUAUGGUCAAACAGGAGAGUCCAGCCCUCACGGAAGCUUGCAAAGAGUGUAUCGCCAGGGUGUUCUUGGCUUUGGUGGAAAGACAGGAAGACAGAGGCACAGUGGUGGCACACGGUGGAGGAAAGGCCCUGAUCCCGCUGGCAUCCGACAACACGGAUGCAGGGAAAAUCAAAGCAGCACAAGCCCUGGCAAAAAUAACCAUUACAUCUAACCCAGAAAUUGCCUUUCCGGGAGAAAGGAUCUAUGAGGUGGUGCGGCCGCUAGUCAGUCUUCUAAGUCUUGAAUGCACCCUGCUGCAGAACUUUGAGGCACUCAUGGCCCUCACCAACCUGGCCGGCAUCAGCGACAGACUCAGGCAAAAGCUCAUCAAAGAAAAGGCUGUGCCGAAAGUUGAGGGCUAUAUGUUUGAGGAGCACGAACUGGUCCGAGCGUCUGCCACAGAGUGCAUGUGUAAUUUGGUUUUAAGCACAGAGGUGCAGAAGCUGUACCUGGCCACAGGGAACGAUCGCCUGAAGUUGCUUGUGCUCUACAGUGGGGAGGAGGAUGAGCGGCUGCGGAAAGCCGCUGCUGGAACUCUGGCUAUGCUGACCGCUGAGCAGCCCGAGCUCUGCGCCCGAAUCCCCGAAACAACAACCCACUGGCUUGAGAUCGUACAGGCGCUGCUGCUCAGCGAUAUAGCCGACCUUCGUCAUCGUGGAGUGGUCAUCGUGCAGAACAUGAUGCAGGCUGAGAAGAGCCUGGCUGAGACACUCAUCGAGAGCGAAGCUCUGGAGAUCCUGUCUGUUCUGGCGAAGGGAGGAGAAGGCAUUUCGGUGCCGAUCUCAAAGAUCGCUCAGAAUUGUUUGGACGUGGCCGUGGAGUACGGCAUCAUCAGAAGCGGGGAAGGGAGGGAAAAGGGCAAAGGAACUGAACCCUGAAAACACAGCUGCUGUGUGUGGAUGUGCCUCCCGGCAGUGUUAAAGACCUUCACAGGUUUCCAACUGUGUGGGACCUGUGAAGUCUUUUCACAUUUGCAGGAAAUCCAUUUGUUUUUGGUCUUAACGGGUAUACACUGAUCCUGAAACGCACGUGUGUCUUAAAUAAAAUGGUCAAAAGCAAUAAGUAAUUUAUUGAAAAAAAGGGUAUUAAAUAAAAUACAAUCAGAUUCUAAUGGGGCUUUUUUAUUACACAGGACCUGUGACUGCUGUUCACAUUACUUUCCGUAGGACUUUAUCCAUCUUCAUAAUAUGUUCAUUUCAUGCACAUCAAGCUAUUGUGCAUUAUCAACUUAAAGAACAAUAAGAAUGUUAUGUCAGGAUGUCAUACAUUAUUUUCUAUAGAUGAUAAUUUUUACCUGUGUGAUUGUUAUUCCACAAACAUAAUGUCUUUAUUUCACAUUUUUCACACUAUUUUAUUAUUUUGUUGUAAACAUGUUUGACCUAUGAAGACCAAAACAUUUCAUUCCUAUAAUUCACCUAAUUGUGUGCAGUGCAGUUCACUACAUUCCCUGUACUUAAACUGUGUUUAAUAAAUAAAUAUCUGUAACAAUA